GGAAAAUUCGUUAGAAAGUAUUUUAACGAAUGAACAAUAUGUAUCUCAAACCUACAAGUUGUAGUACAAGUGAACUGAGAUACAAAUAUGAAUAUUAGAAGUGUUUCGUUGUUGUUGAAGCAGCAUAUUGAAAAUGGCAUCGGUUACGGACGAUGAGGUCAUCAAGAAACGUCUUUUGAUAGAUGGAGAUGCCGGAAAUGAUGAAAAACGACUUACAAGCCUCCUGAAGACAUUUAUCCGCUGGUGUAAUAGUACAGAUGAUCCUUCUAGUGAAGAAAGUCAUUUGACAGUUCAGCGUAUGUUAGCGACCUUGGCUCAGAGUGACCAUGCUAUACAGAAAUCAUCACAAGUAUACAGAAUGAACCUGCUAGAACAAGAAAAUUAUGAAAGACUUAAUAAACAAAUAGAAUCCAGAAUAGAAGAAGCUGAGCAAAAAAUAAAAGAGUCAAAAGAAGAACUUAAAAUGGCCAAGCAAAUCAGGAAGCAUAGGCAAGAAUACGAUGCUCUUGCAAAGGUUAUCCAACAGCAGCCAGACAGACAGGAAACUACGAGGAAGUUACAAAAUGUAGAUGAAGAAUUAAAACAUUCAGAGGAAACAAAAAAGAAGCUAGAACAGAAGCUUGAUCUGAGAAGGAAACAGUUCCAUGUGUUGAUUUCAGCCAUACAUGAACUGCAGAGCAUGCUUGAAGAAGAUGAAGGGUCAGAGGUCACAGACGGCAAACAAGAUGAGAUGGAUACAACCUGAAACUAAGAGGACACGAUUUAAAGGGUCAUUGAUUUAGGGGCCAUGCUGCACUAUGAUUUUAUCAGAUGUUAGGCAGAAAACACAAUUCAAAUUUCUUACCUUGGUGAUUUGUAAAAAAAUAAAAAUUUAAACACUUUAUUGUGACGAAAAGGACAUACUGCCGGUAUAUAAAUAUGUCUCCCACCACACAGUGGUGUGGGAGACAUAUUGAUUUACUCCAGUCUCUGUGUUUGUGUCUGUCUGUCUGUUACAAAGCUUGUCCGCACUCUAAAUCGAACAUUUCUCAUCCGAUCUUCACCAGACUUCAACAAAAUGUGUCUGCCAAUAAGUGCUCGGCCAGGUUCGAUAACUAGCCAAAUCGGCCUAGGCACUUCGGAAUUAUGGCCCUUGAUUUACCAAAGUCACUCAGAUUUCUUGCGCAGUUUUACCCCUAACCGGCGCCUAGUAGUAUAGACGUCAUUUUGGUGUCAAAAAAGCGCAUGCACAUGUGGAUUAAGUAAACAGUAUAUAAAGACUGACACUAUUUAGAUGAUUAGGCAGUUGUGGGAGACAUGCGCUUUUCUCAAAAGCAUCUCUAGUUAUGUUAAAGUUGAUAGAAAUAGACGAUUCACUGUUGAGAGAAAAAUGAAGAAAUAAUUUGCUUGUAGAACGAAUCUGGGAAUUACAAAAUGCUAUAAUUUUAGAACAAACCUUGUCAAGAAAAAAAAACCUGUCAACUUGUUAAGCAAAUUUUGACUGUUAUGAUGAUGUAUGUAUAUAAGAAAGUGCAUUUUGCUUUAAAAUGAUGGAGUCAGAUUUUGGCCAGUCUGUAAGUAGAGUCAAAGAUUCAUUUGUAUGAAAAUGUAUUGUAAUAUGGAUUAAAUAGGUUUACAGAUAAAAAAUUUUAAAGUUGUCUGCAUGAAAUUUGAAGCAGUUUGGCCUUUGUGAUUUAUUUGAAGGUGUCUUCAUAGUUGGUUUGAAUCUGUUGACAUGAAAAAUGUGCUCCUCAAGGUAAUUGAGAGUAGUUAAAUACAUAUUCUUGCGCCCCAAAGGGGUACUUUGUUCCCCAUUAGAAGUUGUGGAGUGGGAGUCCAACAACUGGUAGAUAAAGAAAUGAAAGGCAUCGUUUGUUCUAAUUUUGAUGUGAUAGCCAUUGUAUCUAUCCAUUGUAUUUUUUAUUGUGAUGUUGCCAUAAUAAUAUGUUUAACUUGCAGUAAAAGUUAUAAAAAAUG